ACUGGGAAGUCGCCAGUCCCUGUUUCGUGAACACUAAUUUGGAUUAAACGUGUAGAGGAGUUCUAUAUUUCGCUGUGAUCGCUGAUGAUCAUGUCUUGGCUGACAUCGAUCUAUGGGUAAUGUUCAGUGGAUACACGGUUAAGAGACACUGUUUGGAAGAGAGUAGAAACAAUGUGUUGACAUUCUUCCUUGCAUUCGGACCUGUAACUCACAUGAAAUGCACAAUCAAUUUUCCAUUUCAAGACAUCGCAAAGGAGUCGCUGGGACUGUAGAUGUUUCCGUUGUACUCUGUAUGUACGCCAGUGAAACGUCAACAUAGGCGACGUGCGUACGUGUACAACCAACCCUUGACCUCGGGAGACCCUGUUAACACAUGUUUCUACAGAUGAAUCUUUAACCAUCCCUACGCGCACCUCGAGAAAGAUUUUACUUGCCUUAUCGAUCAGCAUUGCCAAAUCUGAACAACAUUUAUAACAGUCUACAUUCACAAUGGGCUGCUCGGCUUCCGGGACAGUUUCUACAAGAAAUGGUCAUAACCAGGACAUGAAUGGCAAAUCCGGACCCUCGAAAUCCCAGAGUCGGGUCAUAAUAAAAGAUGACCCACGGAUACCCAUUGCAGGUCGUCAAGUGUACCUUCUGAAGAGGUCGUGGAAGGCAAUAGCAAGAAACAUGGAUGAGACCGGCAUCACGAUGUUUAUGGGUCUCUUCGAGCAGAACGAGAGUGUGAAGAACUUCUUUAGCACCAUCAACAAAGACGUUACCUUGAGCGAACUACGCGAGAGUGGUCUUCUCGAGAGUCACGUGCGCGGUGUGAUGCUGACGAUAGAUGAGGCGAUGAUGUCGCUUGAUGAGCCGGACUUUGUCAUCGAUAUGCUCACGCACGUGGGGAAAACACACUUGCGCUUCAGCAAGUUUGAUCCCGAUAUAUUUUGGCUUAUCCGGGACCCGUUCCUUAUGGCAGUGAAAGAGACACUAGGGGACAGAUACUCUGCCCACAUGGCGGAUAUCUACCACAAAGCCAUCAGCUUCAUACUGACCACACUAAUCACAGGCUUCAAGCUUGGGCAAAAGGAGAAGAGUAUGACCUCCAUCCAGUGACUGGACAAUGCAGCGGCUACUGAAAGCAAUUUCCUCAAGAACGAACCACACCGUCUACAUUUGAUAUGGUGGCAGGUGUAUCUAUGUUUCGCAUUUGUAAUAAAUUACAGUAGACUUAAGUAGAAUAUUACAUCUGUAUACAAUAAUUUAUAUUCAUAGGUACAUUGAAGUCGAACUAUACAAAAAUAUGUAUUGUUUGGGAAAUUCUAUUUAUUGUCUCUUCUCUAAUACGUAAAAAGAAUAUUAAUCGUAUCAUAAUAUUUAUAAUAAUGAUAACGUUAAUAAUAAUGAUAAUAUAACGCGAGGUGAUACAAGCUUCAUCUGUGACCUUUACCAUUGAAACAUCAGAUGCAGAUUAGUUGACUUCAACUAAACAUUUUAUAGGAAAGGACUGGGUAAAGGGAUUGAGUAAAGGAUUUCAGAGACCAUAGCCUUCAAUUGUAAGGGAAUGAGAGAUACUUUCCAAAGUUAUUAAAAGUAUGUAUAUUGAAAUUUAUAAAUGAAUAUAUAUACAUCAUCGAAAUACUUUUGUUAUUUUUAAAGCAAGGAAUAUGUAUAAUACGCAUAAGCUUAAUUUUGCAGAAGCCAAUUCCAAUAUUCCCCUCAAUAAGAAUGAAUGUAAUACACAUGUAAUGGUGACCUUGGUAAAAUGUCUUUGACACAUAACAAAGUGUGGCUAGUAGGAUGUCUCAUAGUCAGAAACUACUUACUUGUACAUAAUAUUACCUCUGUAUAUCUAUAACACGUCUUGUUCAACAGUCGACUCCAGAUUCCGUUUCAUGUUCUGUUUAAAACAUCUUGACGAGCAUAAAUUUUAAUGAUUGAUAUUAUUGUGUUAUAUACUCGUAACCAAAAGUUAAGCAGAGCGGGAAUUUUUUCACCACAAGUAUAUAAAUGUCGCAAAUAGAGUAACUGGCACGGGGGUUAAUAGUGGAAUGGAAUCCGGUUGCCGCGUUAUUACCGGCAGAAAUUGCAAUUAAUAUUCCAUACAUAUCAGAGAGUUUAGGAAUGCUGACACUCUCACUACUGACAGCAGUGCAUGGCAUUUCCUUGAGUAUUCUUACAGUUGAUAUUGCUUUUAUAGUGUCUUCAUGGUCCCUGUGUACACAUCAAUCAGCCACAAUAUGCAACGGAUUCGUUUUCACAACUAUACUCUACUGGAAGUGGAAACAUGAAGCUCCUUCCAACUGACACAUCGUUAUUUUACAUGGUGAUCUGAUAUAAUGGAACAGUAUUUAACUGAACAAUUAUGUGUACAUAGAAUAUCUAUCUGUUUUUGAUAAGUGUGCACAUGCUUAUAUCUGUGCGGUGAAUAAAAUCCGUCUUUGUUUAACUUUUGAUUUUGAGUAUGUAUUUUGAAACUUGUUACCGUGUGUUUUCUGCACGCUCACAUGACUGAAAACGUGCAUGUUCACAGUGUUUUCCGUCGAAUGAAAUAGCAAUGUUUGAUGGAAUUUUUCAUCAUAGUGCAUGCUCCGGUAAAUACUACAUACCUUUGUACGUUUGAUUUCGAACGGUUUUUAUUAUUUUGUCUAAACCAAAAAAACCCUUUGAAAAGUAACUUGUUGUCUUAUAUAUAUAUCAUGUACAUAUAUGUUAUUCAUUUUACCAUUAGAAAAUGAAAUGCAAAUACAUAGUUCUUAUAUUACCUUUUUAUUAAUACCUAUGCACUUUAAUAAUCUACUGCAAUUCACGUACCAUAUCAUUCUGUGGUGUUGUCAAUGACGUUGAGAAAGUAUUUCUGGAUCUUUCAUUGCAAGCUGGGAAGUCAUGUUUGAAGACAUUUUGGCUUACUUGGUUAAAAGAAAUUCCCCUUUUUCUAUUAUGGUAGUGACAUUUGGGGGCAUACAUACAAAGAAUCUAUUGAAAAAGUACACAGUUUAUUCUUAAAAAGAUAUCUGAAACAUGGAUAACGAGGACAAAUAAGUUCCCUUUUGGGCGAAGUAGGCCUUUAUAAUCUGUGUAUGAAGUACUGUAGCAGGUGUUUAAAAUAUUUGUGUAGACUUAUUCGUAUAAAAAAACUCCCACGCUUGUUAUAAAAUUUUAAAAUCCCAUGAUGCGAUUGGGGCUUUAAAUUGGGUUUCUCAGGUCACUAUUGUUACAGUUUUAAACAGAGCUUUUCUUAUGUCUGUAUUGCACAAGAUUGUGGAAAUACUGAGGGAUUCAUACCUAUGUUAAACAGAGAUGUGUAGAUAUAGAGACACACAAAUUGUUUCAAAACAGUUCCAGCUCCGAUGUCAUGUCACAUAUUUCAUACACGUCAUAACUUGCGCCAGAGAUGACUAUUUCAUGAGGUGUAUUAGAUAGUGAUUGGAUCAGUAUUUUAGCCAGGUUUCACACUCUUUCUCGUAGUUCUCUUUCAACAUUUGAAAAUCGGCGGUGGGUAAACAUAAUGUAAAAACUAAGGUUGAUCAGCUGCUGCAAAGUAUUCCACAACACAUUCAAUAAUCAGAGGUAUUGCUUUGUAUCUGAAUUAGACUAAAAUCUAGUCUCUGAAAUGAACAUAUCGUACAUAAAAAAAAGCAGUUGUUCAGUUAUCUUAAUAAAAAUAUAAUAAAAAGGAGCCCAGUGACUCUCUUCAUUUUCAGAAAGUGA